AUGGCUACUGGCUCCAGGCUCCAUAAAGGUUGCGCCUUUUUCACUUUCUCCUGGUCCUUGCUGCUUUGUUUUUCUCCAUUUUGUUUAGCCGCCAACCAAAUUGGACCGGGCAAGGUGAUCAGAGAUGGAGACACCAUUGUUUCCGGCAGGAAAAAAUUCGCCCUGGGAUUCUUCAGCCCGCCGGGGACGAGUAAAAGGUACGUCGGAAUUUGGUACAAUGGGAUUCCGUCAAAAUCGGAGUCGGUUAUUUGGGUGGCUAAUAGAGAGAACCCAAUAGAAGACAAGAACGGAGCUUUAACCAUUUUAAACGACGGGAAUUUAGCGGUUUUAGAUGGAGAGAACAACGUUGUAUGGUCGAGUGGUGUGUUUGUACCGUCCAAGGAAUCUUUUGCUGUCCUGUUUGACAGUGGGAAUCUUGUUCUUCGCCGGCCCGACCACGGGAAUGGCCUGCGGAGUAGAUUGGUUUUGUGGGAGAGCUUUUCCCACCCCACAGACACAUUCUUGCCGGAAAUGAAAGUGUACUUAAAUGCAUCAGUUAUAGAGCAGAAAAUCCUGAGUUCUUGGACCAAUUCCAGGAACCCUUUUCCUGGGAAAUUCUCAUUAGGAAUUGACACUCGGAAACCCCCACAGAUUGUGGUGUGGGAAGGGGGAAAACGGCGGUGGAGAAGCGGGCAUUGGAAUGGAAUGGAGUUCCUAGGAGUUCCCAGUAUGAGAGCUGAUUAUCUCUAUGGUUUCAAGCUGUACAACGAAAACGAUGGCCGAAAGGUGUAUUUCACAUACACCUUGUCCAAUGCUUCUCAUUUGGUACAUUUCAAGAUAGUUUGGAAUGGGAAUGAGGCUAAAGAAAGGUGGGAGGAAAGCGCGAAAAGAUGGAAAACAAUCCAAAUGCAGCCUUCUAGCACUUGUGAUCUGUACAAUCAGUGUGGCAAAUUUGCGAGAUGUGAUGCUUCUAGCUCGAGUAUUUGCAAGUGCAUAAAAGGGUUUGUGCCGAGUGAUCCAAGGCAGUGGAGUUUAGGGAACUGGUCAGGGGGGUGCACAAGGAGGAUUGAAUUGCAGUGCCAAAGAAAUGGCAGUGGUCUUGGGAGUGGUGGGAGGAAGGAAGGGUUCCUUAAGGUGGAUAACGUCAAAUUGCCCGAUUUUGCAGAGGUAGAGGAGAGCGCUGGAAGUGGCGCGGCCUGUGAGAGGAAGUGCAAAGAGGAUUGCUCGUGCACCGCUUAUGCUUUUGUGAGUGGAAUCCCCUGCAUGAUUUGGAGGCGAGACUUGGUUGAUAUGCAGCAAUUUGGCGACGGUGGGAGCACUCUUUUCAUUCGUGUUGUUCAUGAAUUCGGUGAUAGGACAAGGAAUGCCUUAAUUGUUACAGUCUCAGUUGCAGUAGCUUUGAUCUUCCUUGUCAGCUUGUCAGUUUGGUAUCUAUUUACUCGCAAAGCUGAACUCCAUGCCAGGAGGAGCUGUGAAAAUCGAAUACCUGAUCUACUCGCUAGUGGGGAAUUCUUUACGGAUUUAUCAGGAAAUGCUGAACCGCCACAAGGAACUACAUCGGCCUUGGCAUUUUUCAGCUUCAGCAGUAUGGCUGCGGCUACUAACAACUUUUCGCUUGAAAACAAGCUUGGACAAGGUGGAUUCGGCCUCGUUUACAAGGGUAUUCUACCAUGUGGUCAAGAAAUUGCUGUGAAGAGGCUCUCGAGAAAGUCUGUACAAGGCGUUCAGGAGUUCACUAAUGAACUCACGCUAAUCGCCAAGCUACAACAUCGAAACCUUGUCAAACUUCUAGAUUCCUCAAAGCGUCCAGAGUUAGACUGGAGUAAAUGCUUCAAAAUUAUCGAAGGGGUUGCGAGAGGGCUGCUUUAUCUCCAUCGCGAUUCAAGGCUUCGAAUAAUUCAUAGGGACUUAAAGGCUAGUAAUAUUUUGCUGGAUGAAGAGAUGAACCCUAAGAUUUCGGACUUUGGUAUGGCCAGAAUAUUUGGCGGGAACCAAAACGAAGGAAAUACAAACAGGGUUGUAGGGACAUACGGCUACAUGGCUCCUGAGUAUGCAAUGGAAGGCCUAUUUUCCGUUAAAUCAGAUGUCUACAGCUUCGGAGUCCUGCUAUUGGAGAUCAUUAGCGGGCGAAGGAACACCAGUUUUCGCUCUGGCGAGCACUUGGGCAUUAUUGGAUAUGCAUGGGAUCUAUGGGACGAUAGUAAACCAAUGAACCUAAUGCAUCCUUCCCUCUCCGAUUCAUGUGUGCCCGAAGAAGUGUUGAGAUGCAUACAUCUAGCCCUGCUCUGCGUGCAAGAUUUGGCAGUACACAGGCCGAACAUGUCAUCUGUGGUGUUGUUCUUGGAGACAGAUAAUCUCACUCUCCCGUUGCCAAGACCACCUACUUAUACCUCGAUGAGAAGAGUUCCCGAGACUGAGGUGUGGAAUCAGACUGGUGAUAUCCCGUCUUUCAACAAUAUAACCAUCAAAUUAGCUGCAGAUGACAGAAAAAGAACAGUAUCAGAAGCCAUUAAACUAGUGAUGGUUGACUGGCUUAAGGAUUUUAGGCUGAAAGAAGUAUGGUUCACGCUUCACAGAGCUAGUAGCAAGCAUGAAUAUUGCACUGCAGAACAAACCUUAACCCAAUCCCAACGACUCUCGGUAAACCAGAGUCUUGUUUCUGCUGGUGGGAUGUUCGAGUUGGGGUUCUUUAGUCCUGGUAAUUCCAGAAAGCUGUAUGUUGGACUGUGGUACAAGAAUGUUCCUGCUCGUUCGAUUCUAUGGGUUGCAAAUAGAGAAAACCCUCUCGUGGCUAAUGAUUCUGCCUCGAGCUUGGAGAUUGGAAGAGAUGGGAACCUAAGACUUGUGGAUGGGGAACAAACCACAGUUUGGUCAACAAAUGUUUCCAUCCAUUCCAGUAGUAACACAACUGCAGUGCUUACAGACAUAGGAGAGCUCAUUCUUAAAGAGUCUUCGACAGGAUUGCUUCUGUGGAAUAGUUUCGAUUACCCUACUGACACGAUUAUUCCAGGAAUGAAUCUGGGAUAUGAUGUCAGGGCUGGAGCGAAACAAGAAUUGUCAUCCUGGGAAUCAGAAAAUGAUCCAUCACGGGGAAAAUUUAGAGUUGGUCUUUCCCAGGAAACGCCACCUCAAGCAUUCACUUGGAUUAAUAACUCGACGCCAUAUUGGAGAAGUGGCCCGUGGAAUGGGUGGAAAUUCAUAGGAAUACCAGAGCAGUAUACUGGAUAUUCUAAUGGGAUGAAUCUCAUCCAAGAUAAUAAUCUCGGAACUGCCUAUUUAAGUUUCAACACCUUCAACAGGUCCUAUGUUUCGAUUGGCACUAUAAGGCCAUCAGGCCUGUUGCAGAUCAAUCUGUGGGAUGAUAAAACGAAUGCAUGGGACCUCAACUGGGAAGCACCCAGCCAUUUAUGUGAUGUUUAUGGAACUUGUGGACCUUUUAGUGUUUGUGAUAAGACAAAGUCUCCAUUCUGCGAGUGCUUAAGAGGUUUUAUACCCAAGUCAAGAGAGGAAUGGAGUAAAGGGAAUUGGACAAGUGGCUGCAUGAGGCAGACUGAACUUCUAUGUGAACAGCGUAGGAGUGGCAUCGCCCCCAAUGAAUCUAAAAAUGACACAUUUUUUAAGCUAACAGAGAUGAAAUUGCCUGAUCAUUUCGUAUAUUUGUAUGAUAAAGGCAUGGCAGGUUGCAGGGAAUGGUGUUUGGAAAACUGUUCUUGUGUGGCUUAUGCAUUUCCACAGGGAAUUCGCUGUAUGGUUUGGACAUCGAGCCUAAUCGAUGUUCUGCAGUUCUCAUAUGCAGGAGAGGAUCUGUACCUUCGUCUUGCGAAUUCUGAAUUUGACGAUAAGAGGAAGAUAAUACUCAUUGUUAGUUUGGCAACAGUUGCAAGUGCUAUCCUUUUGGGAAUCUUGAUUUAUAUGAUCUGCAGGAGGAGAGCGGACCAAGAAGGUGGAAGAAGAAAAAGGAUCAAAGAUCUAUUUUUGGGUGGUAAGGCUCAGAAUGAAAGAGACAUCAUAGGAGAAGAAAUGGAAGGAAUUCAUGCAUUACCUAGUGAUUCAUCGGAGUUGCCAAUGAUUGGUUUUGAUGAACUAGCAGCUGCUACCAACGAUUUCAGCAAUGAUAACAAGCUCGGUGCAGGAGGGUUUGGUUCCGUUUACAAGGGGAUACUAGCAAAUGGCCAGGAAGUUGCAGUAAAACGGCUUUCUGCUCAUUCUGGACAAGGCGUCGAAGAGUUCAAGAAUGAAAUCUUGCUGAUAUCCAAACUCCAGCACAGGAAUCUUGUUCGGCUAUUAGGCUGCAGCAUUCACGGGGAAGAGAAGUUACUGGUCUACGAGCAUAUGAAAAAUAAAAGCUUGGAUAGCUUUCUCUUUGAUAAAACAAAAAGAUUGCAGCUUGAUUGGGCAAAACGCUUCAACAUAAUUCAGGGUAUAGCCAGAGGGCUUCUCUAUCUCCACCGCGAUUCUUGUUUGAGGAUUAUUCAUCGGGAUCUCAAGGCAAGCAAUAUUUUGUUGGAUAUGGACAUGAAUCCAAAAAUUUCGGACUUUGGGUUGGCAAGACCAUUCAGAGUGACAGAAGAGCUAGCAAAUACUCACAGGGUUGUGGGAACCUUUGGCUAUAUGUCACCGGAAUAUGUCAUAGGCGGACUAUUUUCUGAGAAAUCCGAUGUUUAUAGCUUUGGAGUAUUACUGUUGGAGAUUGUCAGUGGCAGGAGAAACUGUGGAUUCAAUAGCCAUGAAGAGCAUAUAAGCCUUCUCAGUUAUGCAUGGCAAUUAUGGAUUGAAAGCAGGGAAGUUGAUCUGAUAGACGAAUCAAUUUCCAACUCGUGUUCGUUUACAGAAUCACUACGGUGCAUAAGAAUAGGACUGCUUUGUGUGCAGGACCAUGCAUCAGACAGACCUACAAUGUCAAAUGUGGUGCUGAUGUUGUGCAGUGAAACAGACAUUCCCCGGCCUAAACAGCCCACAUUCACAAUCCAAACCUUGUUGGGUUCUGAUUCCAGGACAGACAGAAAUAACGCCCAAUCCAGGAAUGAAAUCAGUGUUUCAGUGAUUGAAGGCCGGUGAUCGGUUCAAAAAUGCGGGUAGAAGAAAUUGAACAAGUCCCCAGAAAAAUAAGAAGGUCAAAG